AUGAGUAACCCUGGCCCUACAGGGCCACCAGCUUGGGAUUUCAAAGGCCAUCCACAACCACCAGUUGAUGCCCGACUUGAGACCGCCGAGAACUUUCUUGCUGAUGAGGAUCCUGAUCGAUGUCUGGAGUUUGAUAAAAAGAUUGAUGAAAUCGAGGAACUUCUUGCCCAGAUCGAAAAGGAUAAACUGCCUCACGAUGCAGAACGCCUUAAUAAUGUUAAGGUCAUGGUCCAGGAGCACCGUGACUGGCAAAAAGGGGUCGAUGAUGGGUGGCGAGAUACCACUUGUACCGACUUGCCUCCUAGAAAUCCAUAUUCUACUCGGUUGCUCAACGAGGCCACCUCGACUAUCAUCGAGGAUGAGAAGCUUGCCUUGGGGCUUAUAGGUCAAAUGAGAGAGGACGCUCCGCCAUUCACAGUGGAGCGUGAGACUGACCACAACGCCUUUCUUGAUGCAAUGAAAAAUGACUCAGUGAUUGAUCCGAACACCAUUGACAAGGCGACAAAUCUACUCUAUACGGAAAGUCGAGCUUAUAAUUGGGCUAUCAAGGAUCCAGCUUUCAUUCCGUUAUGGAUGCAUCCUACGAAAGGGAUUCAAAAGAAAGGCACUACAGCUGCUGACGACAAACCAUGGUACAAAGUUCCCGAACUGCCACCCCAUCGUCUCAGGAUCCGACCUGAGCGAGGUACCCUGCCAGAUUACCUGCUUGUGAGAGAAGAACGGAUCAACGCUCUCCUCUCCAGCGCUCGUCGUGGUUCUACACGAGACAUGGUAGAGCUUGAAGAUCUUCUCAGCUACCACUUCCCAAACGAACUCAAGCGCUUGCACGAACAGUACACUUCUUUUCUAGCUAGUGCCCAAGUCACCUUGGAUCCAGCUACGCAGCCUAAUCGACCGCUCACCCCAUUAGAGAUUAGACAACAAACGGCAGUGAAAACCGCCUACGAAAAUGCAUUCAUAGCUUGGGUCACCACAUUCAACGACGAUGGAGUAUAUCUGAUCCCUAGAAAACCUCAGCAUCAGACUGAGACCGAAUUGCCUGGUGUGUUCUACGUUGAUGAUGGAGUACUUGACGAUGAUCGGACGGAAACUUUGUUAGCUGCUCAGAACCGCUUGAACGUUAUCAGGGCCAAUGAUAAUUGGCAGAUCUUGGCCCCAGCCGAGGGAAGGCUGAUGGAAAAGCUGGUCCGAGACGCCCAGCCUCAAAAUGUUCAGGACGCGGAGAAGGCAAGAGAUGAUGUUUUGAGGAGUAACGGGGUUGAAGAAUUGAAUCAGUUGCCCCUCGCCGAGAGAACUCGAUGGAACACCCUCGAUGCUACGGCAGCAGGUCUGCGACAGGCUUGGUACGCGGCAGCAGUAACAGCCGGGUUGCAAUUGGAGUUUCGGUAUCUACGUCCUGGUGAAAUCAAAGAGGCCGACCCUAGCAUCAUAUAUCUCCCUUGGUCUAUGACGGCUAUGCCAAACACAGACGAGCCACGAUUGGGUUUACCAAUGUCUGCAGAAGUCGACCGAACUCGGCUAUUGAUAAGUACCAAGUUAGCAAACAAUUCGGGCGUCAAUCUCACACUUGGAAGCAAUGGCGAUGUUGAAGGUCAGGAUCUUCUGAUGCAACUCGCAUAUCCCAGAUUACGACGUCUCCUGCUGCCUUGGAUAACGAUCAGGAACAAGAGGGCAGCAGACCCACAGUCCUUGACCCAACUCGACAACGACACCUGGACAGCACUCAAUGAUGUCGUUACAACAUUAUGGGAUGACUGGGUCCGCUCUCUGAAACCUGAAGUCUGGAACAUCAAAAUGAUUCCAGCUCACAGACCAGAGUCACCAGACGUCUUGUACUGGCGCCCUACCACAAUCACUGGGAAUCCGGACGUAACCAUGCGCCGACUCGAAAGAAACAUCAACAGGUGGCUCAAUUCACCGGUACCUCCAGGUCCAUUUCGCGCUUGGGCAAACCAAAUUAGACCUUCCUUCAACGAUCUUCUUUAUCCAGGGCUCCGUUUGGCGUAUGAUAAAAUCACCAAUCUAGAUGCUCAAACCCAGGCUUUGGCUCAACCACAGAGGGAUCAAAAAAUAGCAAGCUUAACGGAUGAAGCAAAUCGGUUGUUUGCCACCUGGGUCUCAGGGCUACUGGGGCACAGGAUAUCUAUCAAGCGACCGCAGCCGUUUUUGGACCCGGAUGAUGAUCCUGGGAUAUUGUAUUAUCGAGGCGCCCUGGACGAAGCGAGAGCGACGAAGAGAGUACGAGACCGAAUGGACUUGACGAAGACAGCUGUGGAAUCACUCAAGGGACUGGGUGCCUUCAGCGCAGUUGCAGGGGUUGGUGACUUGAUCCCGCCGUAUAUCAAGCACCUACAGUCCUGCGUCAAAGCCAACCCCACAGAUCCUGUGGAACAAGCUGUCCUCACUUGGCAUCUCGAAUACAUUCGGUCUGGGCCACUGAUAUACGAAGAGGGCGAUGGAGCAGUAAACGCCCUCGAUGUAUGGCAAAGCCUAGCCUCGAACGAAGCGAACAAUGCUAGCAAUAGCAGCAAUCAAAGCAGCCGACUCAGCUCUAUUGAUGGUAGUAAUGGUAGUAAUCGCAGCAAUCGCAGUAACCUUAGCAGUAGUAGCGGGUGGUCAUCAUCUAGUGUUACCGGUAGCAGCGAACCUGAGGACGGGAAUUUGAGCACAACAAACACCCGCAAUAGAACCCAACCGUCAUGCAAUCGACUUCCAACGCCACCCGGCUCUUACACCUCGAAUAGCUCAUGGUCCUCCUCUGGGUCGAUUACUUCAGACUAUCGUCGCCGUGCUAGGCGGAGCAAUUUUUAUCCUGUCUGCGAAGUGCCCAACACGGCAAACGGUUUUUUCGUCCAUCUUCCUACAGCGCAGCGCACUUCAGGCCCACAUCCUACCUUGCAGGUUGAUUUCGACCGGUUCAGGCGUCAAAUCGCCUUUGCUGAACGUGAAUUGAAUGACCUUUUGGGGAAGCUCAGGCCACAAUACGAGCUCCCCGUGGUGCCUGCGACUCCUCCAGUCAAAGCCCCAACUCCGGAAGUCACCGCGGACCGGGACAGAUUAAAUGGUCUUCUAAGGCAAUUUUUACCACCUUACAUCGUGAGACUAGGACGGCGAAAUUCAUGGUUCUUAGAUUACGUGAAUUCAAUCCCAGAUAAUGGCACAGCGCUCCAGCGAAGCAGGAAACAGUCUGCACAGGAAGUGUUGUCAAGAUGGCAGCGCGAGACCACAAUGGAAGUGAACAAAUGGCAACAAGAACUGAUCAUUAGUAGUAGGGGCGUAUAUAUCAGUAUAUCGACGAACCGAGAGGAUAACAAUCUUGGAGAUGUCCUAGAGUUUAACCCAACGUUAACGGGCACCGGCAACGACUUUAGGGUAACGGCACCGAGAAACCUCGAUCCGACGAACAAUCCGUUGUAUUCAAGUGCUUUAACUCCACAUGAUCCAGAUCCCGUUCCCACCCCCAAUGUAUUUGCAGUCGAACAGCCAUUUAGGCAAGCAUUUCUGCCUCGACUUAGGAACCGAAUCAAUGAAUUGCUACAAAUGCGGGCAACCAACACCCAGCUGAACAGAGAAGAUGCCGAAGAAUUGCUCGACAAAAUGAUUGGAUUGAUGCCCCAAAAUCUAUCCAAACUUGAGGCCGAACUAUGGGCCGUCGAGGCGAGGGUCAGAAGGCCUCUCGUAGCAGGUGUAGCCCCGAGUGCUACUGACGUUGAAGAUGCAGACCAAUGGUAUUUGCUCAACAACCGUUUUAUUACUGCUUACGACCACUGGCUGGAUUCCUUUCCACAAGCAGGCAUCUUCAUCCAACCCGACAAAAGCGCUGCGAUCAAUCAAGCGGCAGCGACACAAGCUCCUGUAUUCAUCGAGGACCCAGACUUCUGGAGGUACUGGACGCCAGCAGCUCAUGGGAGCACUACACCCGUAGAGACGCUCUCUUUACGACGUGGUGCUCGCUCACGACAAAUGCCACAGCAUGUGAGUCGCUUAUUGGCAACUCUUAAUUCAUAUUUCGCGGGAACUAGGCCAGUUCCUGUGGGCGAGGACGUCAAUCUGCUUCUGGCUCCACUAUAUCGUCACUAUGGACAGCGUAUUCGAGACAGAAUUCACACCGCAUUAGGCGUACAACCUAAUGUUCCUCUGCUUCCGGAGCAGGAUGUUGUCAUAGAAACUACAGAAGCUAUAGCCUUCAGUCUCUGGUUAUUGGACAUGAAAGUAGCGGCACGAAAUCCUGGACGGCGCGUAAGGAUCGUAGAGUACAGUCCCGGACGUUUUCACAUGUACUUUGGACUCGCACUUCCGUCUCUCAACGGUCUUGCGUCUCCAUAUCCGAGAGGCUUCGAGCAGGAGACCCGUCGAUUUGCGACCAUUCUUUUCGACCGUGUCUGGCAGCAACCACAAUUCCAAAAUGAGCGAGUUGCGUUCCUUGAAGUCGCAGCACGUGUGCGUACUCAUGCCCGUCUCAGGAGCAAUGAGCUCAAUAACCUCAAAGCAAUUCUCACAACAGUGCUUUCAUCGACGAGUUCAUUGGCAUAUCAAAGUUUGGUCACGAGCUACAUCAAUGGUUCUGGAAAUGCACGACAAAUUGGCACGGCGGUGUUAGCUACUAACUUCAUGCAAUUACUGUACUGGAACUGGGCCCACAUGUACGAGCAUAUAACCAAGCCUGCUACACAGCUGGCAUUCCCCACCAUCGAUGCUCUGACGAACAGGCCACUAUGUGGUCACCAUCCACCUCGAGCUGUUCCCAUUAUUGCCAGUCCAACCGAGAGCGAAAUCCGCUCCGUGGAGAUAGAGAUCAACAAUCUUUUGACGAAAAUGCGAAACAAUCAGCUUUCAGCCCGCCAACAGCUGGAAUUAGAUUACCUAUUGGAGGCAUUGCUACCUCCUGCGCUAAAGACACUCAAGGUUCGUCUCGACAGACUUUGGGAAGAUUAUGUUCAGCUGCCUGGACUAAGCCCAAAUGACACCUACCAAUGUCAUCUAUAUUACAAAGAAUGGGCAGCAAAGUUCACCGAGUACAAACAGAGGAUUCCUCGGAGUGGGAUAUUUCUUGACAAAUGGUGGUACGUAGACACAGCCAUAGAAGAAGUGUGCUCUCGUGCUCGCCAAUGGCAGGAGGCAGAGCUAAAGGAUGUCGUUCCGGGAGAGUAUCCUACUACUAGCGUAACGCUCGAAGAAGAUGCUGUCAGAAAUUGGCAUGAUUUGUAUUUGGACAUGAGAGAUUAUGCGAAUACAUUUGACGAGGAUCCGGCUCGGGAGGAGAGAUUGCUCUUUCACGCACUCCCUGCCGAUUUCAGUGCCGCGAAAGCGGAACUCGCACUCUUUAAGCAGAAAGCCCGUGAUGCGCCGCCCGCCACCACCACCGUUGCUUUGCUCGACACUUCACAGGUUGUAGAUGUGAUGCGAAAGUUCCUUCAAGCGUGGACAGAAUGGAUGGUCAACUUGCCGGCGAUACAACUAGCGACUCUGAGGCAACGCGUGAGAGACAACACGAGUGAUAUACCUAUCCCGCCCGGGACUGAUAACACUGUUGGUCCACGCGGACCCAGAAAUAGAGGGGGCGUCAAUUUCAGUUCCAAAGCAGAAAGAAGAGGAAUCCAAAGAGCAGCAGUCGAGCUUGCUUUGAACAUUCUCGCGUCAAAUCAAGAACAGCAUAGACCACUUGAUAUCUAUAGGAUUCUCGAUUUGCCCAAAGAGUACACAGCCCCUGAUGAAGGCGUUCCACUCUGUCUACCUUUGGAUCCUUGGAAUCGCCCAGUUGAACUGGACACCUUUGAGUACACAAAGAAACUCACCGCAUUCCACCAAGCAAAAGAUGAAGAGUACAGCCUCGCCCGCACUCGAGAACACAAUGAGCACCCAAGCGAACUGCCAGUCCCUGCUAACCACAAUGGCCCAUUUGCCGGAGCAGAUGAUGGUGAUGUUGAAGAUGCCAAGAGGGAAUGGCUACGAGAACUAGCCACAGUGUCUCUGCAUUUACAGCACGCUAAUUUGGACGCUCCACGGCCUCUGUUGCAAGAGAUCCUGAAUUGUUUGUUGAACGGGACAGCACAAGACUCGGCUCAUCCACUGAAUCGUGGCCCUCCACUGACGAGAAAUGAUGUGCUACUUCUUGCCGAAAUAGCUGAGCCAUCUUGGGACGAGCUUCGACAAGAAUUCCCGACUCUCGUAUCAAAUACGCCGAAUUACCAAGAACUCCUCAAGCGUCAGGAGGAGGCGAAGGAAUUUGAAGCAGAGCUAGAUACCAUGGACUGGCAAAAUCGAACUUGGUUACCAGCGCCAAUGGCACUCGCUAAUGCUGAUCCUUUGGCACAGCCGAUAUAUGAUCCGUUGCUCGCUACUACACAGGGCUAUACAAUCACAGUAAUUACUCAACACAUCAAUACAGCCCGAAUCUCAAAAGCGAUAACAGAUGGCCUGAGUGUAGCGCCGUCUUUAUAUUCGGAAGAAACAGCAGUUACCCAUUUGACUCAAUUGCAAGUCUUACGUCGUAUACACAUGAAUCAAGCCGUGAAUAACCGCCGUUUUGAGCCUUUCGAAACGUUGGUUGCUAAGAUACCUGUGAAUGGACAUCCAGAAAACAAAUACAUCACAUCCAGAGCGGCUGUGCGCACUUCUGCUGGAGUGGUGUUUGACGCUGUCAAAAGCGAAUACAUCGUCCAGUAUGAUGCUUCGGGGAAGAAAGGCCCUCCGAUUGUUCAACCUAACAAGUACGAACAUCUGCGCUUCAUUGCAUAUAGGAUUGGCCGCGAUACUCAAGCUGCACUCGAAACCAGGGCCGCGCCCACGAUGACCGAGCAUCAAUUGUUGAACUACCAAUGGUCCGCUAUCUUCAACACCCAACAACGAAUGUUCUUGGAACGCCCCAGACAAAAUGCUGUGAGAGUUGAGGAGAUGGCACUAGAGUUGAACAAGAUUGACCCCCUACUCGCUGUAGAAAACAAUAUUCCUCUAAUCCGGAGUCCUCCAAAUCCUCCACGUAUAGCUGAAACCCCAGCCGCAAUGCUGCUCCAGAUGCAAAUGAUCGAAGAACUGAGCAAUUGCUGGGAACCUCGUUUCCCUCAAAAGGAGCGCUUGUGGGAGUUCAGCAAUGAGAGGUGGGCACCGCAAUUGAGGACCAUACAAGGGCGGAAAGUCAUGGCCAAGCGGAGACUCACUCGGUUCUUCGACGUGAGAAGAUGGCCGCCAGGAUGUCAGGACACGGUCACGAGGACUGCCAUUAAAAAUUCAGGCCCCGAAGUUCAGGAAAAGCCGAACCCUCAAGGGCUGCCAAAGGCGCCAAAGGUACCAAAGGGAUCAAAGGGGCCCAAGGAUCCAGAGGGUGAAAAUGCCCCUGUACCUGUUUUGAAACCACCGACAGUCCAAGAACAACAGGUUGCAGCAACCAAGAAGCAAGCUAGGCAUCUUAUGGGACAACCGCCUCACUUUCCCUUUGGAGAAACUCCAUAUCAACAAGCGUAUCAGAGCUUCCUUAUGGAAUGGGAUCUUCGUGAUGUUCCCGAGUUUCAAGUCCCUCCAACUCCUCGACCAGGUUUGUUUGGAAGAAACCCAUCUCCAGAGCCAAAGGAUCCAUUUGCCCUCCCGAACGUCCCAUCAGAUUGGCAACCAGACAGCAUCUCCAUCGCAGAAAAACGUGCACAGCUCAUCGAAGCAGCUAAACAGACUGCUGGCUUCCCUGACGCCAAUGUCCUGGAAUUCUAUCACACGCCCGAGGAGAUCGAGGCGAUGAAAAAGCGCGAUGCAAUCCACCUCCGUAAUGCCAAAAUAAAGAUCGCCCAAGACGCAAUCACAGAAAGGGUCGGCAAGCAACGCUUCGAACAAGUAACUCCCGCAGAAUACAACACCGCGUGUCUUGAUCUCGGCAUCGACAGGCAAACUGGCAUGUUCAUGACAACACUACCUCUACCGCCUAGAGCACGUACGCCUCCGCCUCCACUACGGGAUGUUACACCGCAGAGAACACCAACGCCGCCAGCUGCACCAUCACGGUCCCCGUCAAGCAGCACUUCACCGCCUCCAACUCCCAAGACGAGAUGGCCAAAUCUGGGAAGCCUGUUUGGUGCCACGCCUCCUCUUCCGCCGGCGCCUCCUGUGAGACCACCUUCGCCGCGCGGUGGUGCGGUUGGUGAAGCGGCGCGCAGGGCGGCAGAGAAGGUCGCGGAUGAUGCUGCGAAGGUGAUUCGGGAUGCAAAGGAUAAGCAGGAUGCUAUUGAGGCGAAGAAGCAGGAGGAUAGGGAUAGGAAGAGGAGAGGGUUGCCUCCUACUAGGACGUCGCCGAGGAAGAAGAAUAAGCCUUGA